ACAAACGAAAGUCAGUUAUAAAGAAUAUGAUAAGAGAUUCUUUGUAAUCGAUACUGAAACAUUUUAUUUCAAUAACCUUUAAAAAGAUAGUGAAUUGUACUCGCCAAAAUAUGCAAAAUGAAUCGAGUGACACUGAAGGUGAUUAAAGUUUUAAUUGGAUUUUUCGGAUUGUAUUUAUUCACUAAUGUAAUCAUCCUAAAUGAUGUAAAUAAUGUCAAUGAAAAUCUUGCAAUGGCUGAUAGAAUCUUGGCUAUUGCAAAUGAUGCUCUUAGCAAGGGUAACAAUGCACUGGACAAUGAUAAUGGUGCACUGAAUAGUGGCAAUAAAAGAAUGGUGAAUGAUAAUGGUGAAUUCAAGUACGGAAUUCAUAAAAACGGUGAAAUACAAAAUGAAAUUGAUACAAAUGAUGGCAAUGCUGAAAUAGUCAACAGAAAUGGGGAAAUAAACAAUGAAACUGAUGAACUGAAUUUCAACAAAAUCAGUAAAAAGAAAAAUGGUCAUAACGAAUUGACAAAUUCUCCGCAAACACAGGUGACACGAUUUGUAUACAUACCAAUGAUGAGGGGAGGUAGCAAAACCCUACAGUCAAUAUUUCAAAAAUUUAGUCAUGUUAGGAAUUUCUCUUAUGCUUUGCCUCUUCAUAAGAAAACAACCCUUGGAUGGCCAUAUAAGAUACAGGAACAAUGGAUCAAAAAAUCGUUGAAGGUCACAGGCUAUGACAUCAUAGCUGAAUCAACUGUUUUGAGCGAUGAACUUGACAAAAUUGCACCCAUGGAUGCUAAAUUCAUAACUAUGCUGCGUCACCCAUACAAUCAAUUCAAAUCAAUUUUUAAUCAUUUAGGUAUUGCAUCCAUUCUAAAUAUGGCAAAUGAUGAAUCCAGUCUUAAAACUUUUCUCUCGAACUUACAAAACCUGGAAACACAGCAUUUAUCAGAGCGUUGGAAUUCUUGUCUCCCAACUAAUGUAUCAUUGCUUCGUAACCCACAAUCAUUCACUUUGGGGAUAUACCCAAAUAGGGAUGGGGAUACUACAUCUAUGAACAUGCACGCAACAGAAGAGGCCUUUAAGAUGCUGGAAGAAAAAUUAAAUGUUGUGAUGAUAAUGGAGUACUUCUACGAGUCUCUAAUCUUGCUAAAAAGAAAAUUUAAGUGGACUUUUAAAGAGAUACUUCACCAUAAACGUGGUGUGAGAAACUAUCAAUACAAAACCAACCAGAAUUUGAAGCUGAUAAACAAACACAGACAAUAUAGUAAUAUCGACUAUAAAUUGUACAAGCAUUUCAAUAAUACAUUCUGGAAUACAAUUAAUUCGGAGCCCCGGGAAUCUGGAUUUUUUGCAGAAGUUGAAUAUUUCAGACAAAUUCAAAAUGAAAUGAUAGACUAUUGCGAAAAAUAUGGUAGCCUUAAUGACCUUGAGCCCAUGGUCGUUCCUCGCAGUAAGUGGAGUCCAAAGAUAGAGGUCUCUGUUGCAGAGUGCCCCAUUUAUAUAUAUUCGCAACUUAGAGACAUGCAGAGGCGAUAUGACCAAAAUGCUCCACAUAAUAUUCAAGAGGAAAAUCUAAAACGCAGUCAAGCUGCAAAAGAUUUCAGUUUUUGUUAAAUAUUGCGUCAGAGAAUCAAAAAAGGUAGAAUCUUCUCACAAAUGUGAUAAUAGUAAUGCUUCAGAUGCUUGUAUAUACAGGGUGUCAAAUAAAUAUGUUCUUCUCAUUUUAAUUUCAAAAGUGUGAACUUUUGUGCAUAAAAGUGCAUCUAUUUGAGCUAGUCAUCUGAAACUUCUUGUGAAGCUGGUCCAUGAAGCUUAGUUUUGAUGUGCUAAAGAACAACUCAGAUAUCAUGCAGACAAAAAAGUGAUGCAACAUUAUGUGUAUGUUAAAGCUAAGAAGGAUAUCAUAUUUAUUUGACACCCUGUAAUGCCUGCAUAUGUUAACAUUAAAAUGCACUUCUGAGUGACACUGAUUUUCAUACAGCUGAACACUGUACGUAACACCAUACUUGAACGGUACCACUCUUAAUGUACUGUAAUUAGGAACAGUUAUCUCAGAUUGGGAGUGUAGGCAAUAAUAUGCAACCAGAAAAAUUGUACAAGGAUAGGAAAAAAUAUAAAUAAUUGAACUCAUUGUACAGGGUGUUAAAAAAAAUGCAACCC